AUGGCGGAGGACAUCGUCAUUGACAAGGCCACAUUCUUUAACCGUCUAUCAAAUUUCUACACAGCAUGGAAGGCUGACAAAAGAUCUGGAAAUGGCGUGUUUGGAGGAGUGGGAUCAAUCGUUAUUUUAAUGGGAAAGACAGAUGAAGCGAAUUCUUUCCAGAAAGCCAAUGCCAUGCAUUUCUGGCUGCUCGGCUAUGAGUUUCCCGCCACUUUAUUUGUCUUCACUACAGAGGCGAUGUAUGUGGUGACAACUGCAAAGAAGGCAAAACAUCUGGAACCGUUAAAGGGUGGCAAAAUCCCGGUAGAGAUUUUGGUCACAACAAAGGACCCAGAAUCUAAAGCGAAGGCUUUUGAAAAGUGCCUCGAUGUUAUCAAAAAUGCUGGGAAGAAGGUUGGUACCUUGCCCAAAGAUGCGGCCUUUGGCCCAUUUGCAGAAGACUGGAAACGCGCUUUUGGGGACAUUUCAAAGGACAUCGAGGAAGUUGAUAUUGCUCCUGCGCUCUCUGCAGCUGCUUUCUCUGUCAAGGGCCCUGAGGAGCUGGUAUCGAUGCGUAACGCAGCUCGAGCCUGCAGUGGUCUCAUGUCAGAAUAUUUUGUGGACGAGAUGUCGCAAUUACUGGACGAAGGCAAAAGCAUGACACACAAGGCGCUCGCGGCAAAGAUCGAUGCAAAAAUAGACGACGCCAAGUUCUUCAAUAAACUAGCGAAAUUGCCUCCCGAGUUUGAUCCCCAGCAGAUUGAUUGGGCUUAUGGCCCGGUCGUGCAGAGCGGGGGAAAUUACGACCUACGACUGACCGCUACUUCUGACUCCAACGACCUCCAUGCUGGCAUUAUUAUCGCUGGAUUCGGAAUUAGAUAUAAAACGUACAGUGCGAUAAUUGCCCGGACUUACCUCGUGGACCCCAGCAAGUCUCAGGAGACAAACUACGCGUUCUUAUUGAACAUCUAUGACGCUAUCUUAAAGGAUGUUCGCGACGGCACAGUCGCCAAGGACCUGUACAACAAAGCACUCGGCAUAAUCCGUGCCAAGAAGCCUGAUCUUGAGAAACAUUUUCUCAAAAACAUCGGUGCUGGAAUCGGAAUCGAGUUGCGAGACUCGAAUAUGGUACUGAAUGGAAAGAAUACCAGAACAUUGAAGAACGGGAUGACACUUUUUAUUUCAAUUGGCUUUACGGAUAUCCAGGAUCCAGAACCAAAGGACAAGAAAAACGCCAUAUAUUCGAUGAUAAUUACGGACACAGUUCGCGUGGGCGAAACGGGGGCUCACGUCUUCACCAAGGACGCUGGUGUUGAUAUGGACUCGGUCUCUUUCUACUUCGGUGAUGAAGAAGAACCUCAACAGCCCUCGAAGGAGAAAGCAGAUGUCCGAUCAAGUGCUAUUGCGAGCAAGAACAUUACGAAGACGAAGCUUCGUGCUGAAAGACCGACUCAGAUAAACGAGGGGGCCGAGGCUCGUCGCCGUGAACACCAAAAGGAGCUAGCUGCCAAAAAGCUGAAGGAAGGUCUAGAACGUUUCGCCGGAACUACAGGAGAUGGAAAUGGCGUUGCCCAGAAGACGUUCAAGCGCUUUGAAUCUUAUAAACGUGACAAUCAACUACCCCCACGAGUCAGGGACCUCACCGUUUACGUUGACCACAAGGCUUCCACAGUAAUUGUGCCAAUCAUGGGCCGGCCUGUUCCUUUCCACAUCAACACCAUCAAGAAUGCUAGCAAAAGUGACGAGGGAGAAUAUGCAUACUUACGCAUCAACUUCCUUUCUCCCGGGCAGGGUGUUGGCAGGAAAGACGACCAGCCUUUCGAAGACCCAUCUGCCAAUUUCGUCCGAAACUUGACCCUGAGGUCUAAGGACAAAGACAGAUUCGCUCAGAUUGCCCAAGACAUCACGGAGUUGCGAAAAACUGCUUUGCGAAGAGAACAAGAGAGAAAAGAAAUGGAAGAUGUUGUGGAACAAGAUAAACUAAUUGAGAUUCGAAACCGCCGACCUGUGAAGCUCCCCGAUGUUUAUCUCCGACCGCCUCUGGAUGGGAAGCGAGUCCCAGGAGAAGUCGAAAUUCAUCAAAAUGGCCUUCGAUACGUGUCACCUCUGCGCAAUGAACACGUAGAUGUUCUUUUCAGCAAUGUUAAACAUCUCUUUUUUCAGCCAUGUGCGCAUGAACUUAUUGUGAUCAUACAUGUGCAUCUAAAGACACCCAUUAUGGUCGGGAAAAGGAAAACUAAAGACGUACAGUUCUACCGAGAGGCCACUGAAAUGCAGUUUGAUGAAACUGGCAAUCGCAGGCGCAAGCAUCGCUAUGGUGACGAAGAGGAAUUCGAAGCAGAGCAAGAGGAGCGCAGGCGGAGAGCAGCCUUGGAUAGAGAGUUCAAGGCGUUCGCUGAAAAAAUCUCCGAUGCAGGAAAAGACGAAGGUGUUGAUGUCGAUAUACCAUUCCGAGAGUUAGGAUUCCACGGAGUGCCCAAUCGGUCUAACGUUCUCAUUCAACCUACUACGGAUGCUAUCGUUCAGCUGACCGAACCGCCUUUCUUGGUUAUAACACUCAAUGAAAUCGAGAUUGCUCACUUAGAACGAGUGCAGUUCGGACUCAAAAACUUUGAUCUGGUCUUUGUGUUCAAGGAUUUCAACAGACCUCCAGUGCAUAUCAAUACUAUUCCUGUUGAAUCACUAGAGCCAGUCAAAGAUUGGCUCGAUUCCGUAGAUAUUCCGUUCACGGAAGGACCCCUGAACCUUAACUGGACCACCAUCAUGAAAACUGUUGCCAGUGAUCCUUACGGCUUCUUUGCUGAUGGUGGAUGGUCGUUCCUGCAAGCCGAGUCUGAUUCUGAAGAUGGUUCCGACGAAGAGGAAGAGAGUGCAUUCGAAUUGUCAGAGUCCGAACUGGCUGCCUCAGAUGAAAGUUCGGAGGAUGACAGCGAUUUUGAUGACGAUGCUAGUGCCGAAGCCAGCGAGGAUCUUAGUGUUGAGGAGGAGAGUGGUGAGGACUGGGAUGAACUAGAGAGGCAAGCUAAGAAAAAGGACAGGGAAAGUGGUCCGGAUGGAGAACGGGGGAAGAAACGCAAGCGCUGA